CUGCAAAUACCGUCGCAACACAACGUCGCCCUUCCACAACAACAAUGGCGUUCCGAGGUGAUUCGCGAGGUCGUGGCGGCUUUCGAGGUGGUGAUAGAGGAAGAGGAUCGUUUGGAUUUGGAGGAAGAGGCGGAGGACGAGGUGGUUUCCAGCAACAGAGCUUUGGUCCGCCUGCCCAGGUGUUUGAAUUGGGCACGUUCUUGCAUGCCUCCGAGGGUGAAAUGGUCUGCGAAUCGGUCAACCCCAAGAUUCCCUACUUCAACGCACCGAUCUAUCUCGAGAACAAGACUUCGAUAGGAAAAGUGGACGAGAUUCUAGGACCGAUCAACCAGGUCUACUUCACCAUCAAACCACAAGAAGGAAUCCAAGCUACAUCUUUCAAGGCCGGAGAUAAAUUCUAUAUUGGUGGUGACAAGCUAUUACCGCUGGAAAAAUUCUUACCGAAGCCGAAACCACCACCAGGUUCAGCAAGGGUCAAGAAACCAGCUGGCGCCGGACGAGGUGGUAUGAGAGGUGGUAGAGGAGCCCCUCGAGGCCGGGGAGCACCAAGAGGCCGGGGCGGUAGUUUUGGCGGCGGUGGCUUCGGACGUGGUGCACCAAGAGGUGGAGCUCGAGGAGGCUUCUCUGGCGGACGAGGUGGUGGAAGAGGAGCACCAAGAGGUCGUGGCAGAUUCUAGGCCAUGGUCGUCUCUACUUGUCCCUGUUGGAUGUUCCAAAUUUUACAGCAUGAUUUCGGCGUUGGGGGAAAUACCCAUGGCAAAAAUGUGGCUACUAUGAUGGGAUCCAGGGGGUUUGCUGCAACAGUAGACCUAUCUCCUGUCGGGAAAUAGGCGAUAGUGAUGGUCUACAACAAACUGUAUUGUGUUAUCA